CAUCGACGAGAUGUUCCACCGCCGACCAAUCAUCAGCCGGAGUCAGUCGGUACAAUUCGGGCGCACUGCGCCGCCGACGUCGCCGACACCGCCACGCAGGAUGUUCACGAGUUGAUUUCGUCCGCGCGUCAUCCUCUUGUGCUCUUCCUUUUUUGCUUGCCACAUUACCACAUUACCCCACCACCUAAACGACAGCACAUGCGGCGACAUCACAUCGUAUCGUAUCGCAUGGACUCUGUUGCGGUUGGCGGAAACCCACGCUUUGCAGUUGCGUUUCCGUCGAAGCCGGUAUAUAUAUAUCUGUAUUUGUGCAUAUCUUCAUCUUUUUCUUUUCAUCUUUUUCUUCUUUUCAUCUUUUUCUUCUUUUCAUCUUCUUUUCUUCUUCUCCUUCUCCUCCUCCUCUUAGUACGUGAUGCACUACCGUCAUCACCUGAGUUCCGGCGUCUUCAUCUUUGCUUUUACAUACCUACGCGGGGGAUUUAUCGCGCACUUCUUCCGGGCAAGAGGUUACGCUUUUUGGGUUGUUCCUGUGCUUUCUUUCUUUCUUCCUUUGCUUUUUUGUUGGUUUUUUUUAUGGGGUCUGUUUUUUUCUCGGAGAACUACGAUAUAGGGAAAUCCCGCGAUGGGGGUGGACGGAGUGGUAUUUACGGAGCAGAGCGGGGCGCGGCGGCGGCAGCGGCGCUGGAUUGGUUUAUUGGGCUCGGUUUAAGUUUGGCCUUUGGGGAUGGGAACAGUGGUUGGUGGAAAUACAGGACAGGACAGGACAGCAGAGGAGGGGAGGGGUGGCUAUGGCAGUGGUUGUAACUUAGGGUGGGACUGUGAUGGGAUUGUGACGGUUGUGAUGGUUUUUCUUUGGUUUUUCCUGCUUGUUCUUGUGACGGAUUAUGGCACUGGAUGGGGCUCUGUGUAUGGACGGUGGAUGGAUACUGGAUGUAUGGAUGGAAUGGUCAAUGAUGGAAUGUACUCUACAGGUCUCGUAAUACCUCAAUUUUUUAUCACUCACUCGCGCACGGGACGUCGUUUCGCCAUGCUAUGC